GGUGGAUGGUUGAAUUAUUUUGUAGCUCACAUAAUGGGCGGACCUGAGUAGCCGGCGUAUUUUUAAUUUGUGAGUCUGUUAUUUUGUCUUGCCUUUGUCUAUUUUCUUUUGCUAUCCCAGUGGCUUCAGACGACCUGUCUGACCGAGGAGAACACAUUUCAGAAAAGGAGUACAGAGGUCAUGGCUGCAACAGUUAGCCUGGAGCUGGACCCAAUCUUUCUCAAAGGGUUGGGAUACCUCAAUUCGAAAAGCAGAGAUUCCGCUGACAAACUUAAGGCUCUAUUGGAUGAAUCCUUAGCCAGAGGGAGUGACUCCAGCUAUCGGACUUCACCAAAGGAAGUGGAAAUUGCCAAGGUAUCUGUCACGAAAGUGAACGUGAGCAAACAAGAUCCGAAACAAAAAGGCACUUCUGGUUCAUCUCUAUUGAGCAGCAAUAAUGGCAAAUCCGGAAGCUUUGAGAAGAGCAAAAAGGAGAGCGAAAAGAAACCUGCAGAAAAGGUGAAGGUAGAUCCUGGUGAUGGGGUGGACCCACCAAAGAAACCUCGACUGGAGAAACAGGAGAACCGAUCCUCUCCGAUCACGGUUCCGGCCAGUAAAGACCUCAGCCUGCCUUACCUGUCCAGCUUUGACGAGACCAGUGCUGACGACUUCGCCAUGGAGAUGGGACUGGCCUGCGUGGUUUGUCGGCAGAUGACGGUGACGUCAGGAAACCAGCUUGUGGAGUGUCAGGAGUGUCAUAACCUGUACCACCAGGACUGUCACAGGCCUCAGGUGACCGAUAAGGAUGUGAACGACCCGCGGCUGGUGUGGUACUGUGUCCGCUGCACCAGGAAGAUGAAGCGUAUGACGCAGAAGGCCCCACAGAAAGCGGCCACUGUGCCAGUCUCGGUGGCCCCCGUGGUGAAGGACACGCUGGUGAAAAAGCCAGAACUCAAACCCAAACCGGACACAGCCAGCACCUUCCAGGCAUUCAAGAGGACAGAGGUCAAGGCGUCUGCAGCGGUAUCGGUGAGCCCCUCCGGCGGUAACCCCUCCCUGCAGUCCUCCAGCGGCCUCACAGGCUGGGCUGCCUUCGGUGCCAAGACCUCCACUGCCAGCAGCAAGCUGGGCCCAGCCACCCAAAGUGCCGGGGGAAGGUCCAGCCCGGCUGCCCAAAGCGCCGGCGGAAGGUCCAGCCCGGCCUCCUCCGCACAGAAGCCAGCCGCGGGGCUGUCCGGAGCCAAGGCCGGCCUGGGGGCCAAGGGGCCGGGGGCCGGCGGGAGCUCCCCCAGCCAGACCCCGCUGAAGCCCCCGCCCCCCCUGACCCUGGGGAAGCCCGGACUCAACCGCUCGUCCAGCAACGACGGAACGGGCAAAGGGCUGGGGGCCGGGGCCUCUGGGGGCAGUGCAGCCAAGGCCAGCGGAGAGGCCUCCGCAGGCAGCAAGAACCCCACCUCCCAGGAGUCUCAGCUCAACGCCAUGAAGCGCCUGCAGAUGGUGAAGAAGAAGGCCGCACAGAAGAAGAGUGGAGCUGGAGGACUUUACUGAGAGACUGUGACACAGCGCUUCUUUUUCUGUUUUCUAUUAUCUGGACUAAUAUACACAAGGAAAAAAGCGCUUUAAUUCCUCUGUGGCAAGGUGUGCUUCAUUUAUUCUCAUGGAUGAAGCUGGCUUUUGUGUCAUUGAAAUAUAUAUUUUUUGUGGGGGAAAGGAACAUUGAAUAAAUAGCUUAUUUUUUAA